UAAUAAAUUUGAUGGAGAUAUUAUGAAUGACGAAGAUGAGGUGGUUGAAAUGAAAAGUGAUAGAGAUGAAAAGGUGUAUUCCAGUUAUUUUACUGAGGAAAUGAUUGCAAAACUGUACAGCAUGGAUAAAGUCCAUGACAAGGAUUCUAUCGAGUAUGGCAUUCCGGAUAGGAGAUAUUGGAGAUAUGACUCUUGUGAGUCUUACUUAAGAGCUGGAAGUGAUGAAGAGGAUUACAUGGCCAUAGAAGACAGCGAAAGCGAUGAAAAAGCUGGAAACAAAAUAAAAAAGAAAGGCUGUUUCGCUUUCCUGUCAAGAGUGUUUAGCAGGUUGUUCAAAAAAAAUUAAAUUUUGAACAUACCAUCCUCGAACAUCUAAGAAAAAGUUUGCACCAUAUUUCUAUCGAAAAUUGCAAAUUUUAA